AUGAGACUGAAGCUGAAGGUUCAGAGGCUGCAGUGCUGCACCUGCCCUCGAGGGGGCAGUGUGAGCUCCUGCACAGCUGAGCAGGAUAAACAGACCUGGUCAGAGGUCAGAGUUCGUCCCCUGAGAUAUGAGGGCACUGUGGUGAGAGCUGUGGCUCUGGUUGAGGAAGACUUCAGGCAGAAGAUUAGCAAGUUGCUAGCAGAAGAGCUGAAGAGGGUCCAGCAGUUUGCAGUGGAUGUGACUCUGGAUCCUGAUGCGGCUCAUCCUAACCUCAUCCUGUCUGGUGAUGGAAAACAGGCCAAACAUGGAGAUGUGAAGAAGAAUCUUCCAGACAAUCCACAGAGGUUUUCUCACUGUGUUUCUGUUUUAGGACAGCAGAGUUUCUCCUCAGGCAGAUUUUACUUUGAGGUUCAGGUUAAAGGAAAGACUAACUGGGCUUUAGGAGUGGUUAGAGAAUCUGUUGACAGGAAGGGAACCAUCAACCUCAGUCCUCAGAAAGGUUUCUGGACUUUCUGGUUGAGAAAUGGAUAUGAGUACAAAGUUGGUGCUGGACCUUCAGUCCGUCUGCAUCUCCAUCCUGGUCCAGAGAAGGUGGGGGUGUUUGUGGAUUAUGAGGAGGGUCUGGUCUCCUUCUAUGAUGUAGAUGCUGUAGAUGUGAUUUACUCCUUUACUGGCUGCUGCUUCAAGGAGAAACUCUACCCGUUCUUCAGUCCUGGUCUUAGUGAUGGAGGUAAAAACUCAUCUGUCUGA